AUGCCCAUCUAUCUGAGCAUGCAACGCGUCCGCUUCUCGAGCCCAGACGCCUAUGAGAAAUUUAAGGUUUUAUUCGCUGAUACUCGCCGUCACCUCAUGACCCUUCCUGGAUUCUUGCAUCUGACGUGGUGGGAGCAUCCUGAUGAUCGAAGUUGGUACAAUGAAUGUAGCUUUUGGACCAGCCGAGGGGCUCUCUAUGAUUGGCAUAAAAACACCUAUCAUAAAUACUGCAAGUCAUGGGCCGCCAAUGGAGCAAUUAUGGAGGAUAUCAUCAACAACUUUGAACUCGUCGGCACCCGUCUUAUCCGAGUCUGCCCUGUAUGCAAUAAGGCAGAGGAUAAGAAGUACAAUUUGGCUGAGGAACAGGCAGUAUUACGCGAGACAUGCCCUCAGUGUGGAUUCCAUUUCCCGGUUCUUGAGGAAACUCCUUCAAGCUUUGCUGUCUUCAAGGAUGUACCUGGCCUACCGAUGAAUGAUAAGGAAGAAAAGAAGGAAGAGGCCAAGGUAUAA